UCUUGCCGUAGUAACUCUGACGGAUGUCAUCUGACCAAAACUUUCGGCGCACUUAACUUACUUCAGGAAGCGACAUUACUUUACGAAUGACACUUUGCUAAAAUUGAUGAAACUGCUUUGGGGCAUUACCCAUCAUGCACGAAUAUGAAACGGCCACUCGCGUCACACCAGAUGGCUCCGUCCUCCGUCAAAUACCCAACAUUAAAAGUUAGGUUAGCUACUCAUGCUAACCGAUGACCUGUCAGAUCUAACUCCAUAAAGGCUGGCCAUGGCUCACCUAACAGACGGAGAAUCAAGACAAUUACUUUAAAAUGACACGGUGAGCCGGCGUUUUCUUCGAGGUCGUGUGCUACACGGAGAGGGCAUGUGCCGCUUUAUGCGCUACGGCGUCACCCACUGCAUGCGCGCAGCCAUGGCCCGGCUGCAGGAGCUCCGUGGAGAGGCGACCAUCCGCUCCUCCAUGCGGGCCCUGGACUAUCUGUCCCGCAUCAGUCUGCUGGUGGCGAUCUGCCUCGGGAUAUAUGCACGAUGGGAAAUCAGCCAAGAGGCCAACAUGCUCAUCAUCUUCGUUUUGGCCCUCGUUGUCCUUGGAUUAGCGAUGGCACUUCACUGUUACUUCCACAUGGAGAAAGUCAGCCAAAGUCUGAUCCACCUGUGGCGGGGGUCUCUGUUGGGUCUCCUGUGCUUCGUGGGUAGUCCUGCCCUCGACCACGGCGUGAAGGAGCAGACAACCAACUACUUGCUCUUGACUAGUAUGGUUCUCAGAACUCUCUGGGCUCUGCUGGAGCGGAUAUGCGGAUGCGCAAAGUACCGUCCUGCUUUCCUCACCACGGCGGAGCGGAUGGAACUGGUCGGCUUUGGCAUCGUGUCAUUCGUGGUCAGCAGCUCUCCGAGUGUGGCGGUGUUUGUCGGUGCGUUGGCGGUACUGAUGGUCGUUCUUCGGGUGAAAGCUGUCCUCACAAUUCCCAACCUAGUCGGCUUCGCCUUCUUCGGCGAAUUCCUGUUCAUCAAGGGCCUGGACGUGUCCACCAACAAGUUUGCCUUGGCGUGUUUCUUGAGCCAACUCAUGUGCGACCCUCUACUCGACUACUACUUCAGCGGCUCGUCUGUGACCGAGCGCUGGCAGCCGUUCCUGGCGGCUGGAGGCUGGCGACGGCUGUCCCUCCUUCCCCUACUGCUGGUGGUUGAGGUGACGUUCCUCGUUCUGGCCGCGUCUAAGCUGUCGGACGGGGGCCAGUUGUACCUGAUGAUUCCAGCCUUCGUGGUCUGCAUGCUCUUCUGGGGCAUCAUCCACCUGGUGUUCUUAAUCACCUUAUGGGGCUUCCACACCAAAAUCAGCGCCUGCCAGAGAGUGUGCUUGGCCCAGGGGUCAGGGUUCAACAGUCUAGACAAGGUCAUGGCAUCCAAAGGCGUGCGACACUUCUGCCUCAUCUCACAACGCCUCGUUCUAUUGACGCUGCUGUCCACCCUCAUUUUGGCAGCUCUGGCAUGGAUGUCGGUCUGCAGCCUCUCCAUCAGUGUGUCCCUGCUGGUGCUGCUCUUGGAGUCCCUCUUCCACGGGCUAUUCCACGAGUUGGGCAACAGUCUGGGGGGAACCUGCGUGGGCUAUGCUGUGGUCAUCCCCACUAAUUACUGCAGCCUCGACGGCCAGCCCAUGCUGCUGCCCCCGGACCAGGUGCAGCAGCUCAACCAGCGUUCCACGGACAUGCUGAACAAGGUGCAGCUCUUCUUCGCCCACCACAUGAUCGAGAACUUCGGCUGCGACUACUCCACCAGCGGGCAGAGCCUGGAGGCCAUGCAGGCCAAGCUGCACAGGUUCCUGGAGCAGCGGACGGCCGACGGCCCGCGCCACGACACCUACGUGGUGUACUACAGCGGACACACGCACCGCACCGGGGAGUGGGCUCUGGCAGGCGGUGACACCCUGCAGCUGGACCAGAUCGUCAAGUGGUGGCGGGAGAAGAACGCCGGGGCCUGCUCCCGUCUCAUCCUGGCUCUUGACGUGGAAAACGCCCUUCCCUGGACCAAGGAGGUGGGCCGCGUCGAGGCGGGCCGCGAGCACUCCGGCCUCUAUGUGGCGGUGCAGGGCGCCACGCUCUCGCCCGCCUCCGACCCCGAGGUGCAGGACGCCGGUCAGCUCGGGGACUUCACCCACCGCUGGGUGGAGUUCAACUGCAACCCCGGCGCCGACAUUCGCUGGUCGGAGCCAGACCGCCGCGUGUCGGCCGUCUACGGCGUGUCCCACCACUGGGGCGACUACUCGCUGCACCUGCCCACUGAGGGCGACGUCAACAGACACUGGCAGACCUACUUCCCCAGAGUCACCUACCCCGUGGUCCGGCUGGCGCUGUGGGCCUGCGGCCUGGACGUGUUUUGGGGCUGCGGCGUCUUCCAAAGGUACCUGCGGAGGCUCAAGCUGAACUGGUUCCCGCCCGCUAUCCUAGACACGGGCCAGGGCUUCAAGCUGGUCAGGUCCUAGCCCCCUGCACUCGGUUAAAGGCAUGGAUCUUAAGGCUGCACUCACACUAGGCCAUCUGGCUGUGGCUGUUGGCCGUUUUCACACCUAACCGUGCUCAAAUGGCCCCAUUGUUCUCUGGCCUGCACUCACACUAGGACAUCUGGCCUUGGCCGUUGGCCGUCGCAACUGUGGCCUGGCCACAGUAGGCUCUUCUUGUACAUGCGUCAUCACGUCGUAACACGUCAUCAUCAAGCGUCCGCUGCAUGGACCAUAAUAAAGUCUGCCGCCAGUCAGAGUUUUAACAACAAUGGACAACAACCCAGAGAACACACCAACAGUUGAACCGCUUGACGCGAUGUUUACCGUUUAAUGGGAAAGAAGGCUCGUCGCCUUUAUUAUGUCCGUGGUCGUCGCAUUGACUAUACGUCAUCCAGCUCAGGUUGCGUAGCUGUGCGUGUGCGCGUGUCGGCUCAUUAGCAUCUGUACCGUAGCGGCCCGUACCGUAGCAGCAAACCUCUCCCAAGUGGCCAAAUUGGCCUGGCCAGACUGGCCACACUCACACUGGCAGAUUUUAGCACGAUUAGGUGUGAAAACGGCCACGGCCAGAUGGCCUAGUGUGAGUGCACCCUAAGAGUCAGGGAGAAUAGAGUGUUUGUAAAGAAAACCCAAACAGAAUGGAUGAGUGUGUUUUAUUACUUAUAGAGUACAGACCGGUUAAGUCGUUAAUUUACAAAGUUACUGAUUGGGGUUUUAGUGUGUUCACUUAUUUCAUUGUUUUGGUUUUAUGUUUGCGCACAUGCCAGUUAAACGUCAUUGUUUGGGAUCUUGAUGUCGCCACCGACUAAAGAAGAGCAUACACAUGUUGGUUAUAAUAUGGGCUCUUCAAUUGAAUUGCAAUGUUGUAUUCGACAUGAUCGGUUAUCUCCUGGAAUUCACUUAGACCAGUGCCUUCUUUUGUACUGUAGUAUCACCAAAGAACUAGUAACAAACUUGCUUUGACUAAAGCCAGUCAUUCAACGGCCUUAUGACGCCAUGCUCCUUGCAAACACACUGUUCUGUAACAGUCUAUAGCUUCUCCAAAGGCACACCUGCACAGCUUAUGCUUAUUUAAUAUGUGUAUAAUAUGUGUAUAGAUUCCUCUUGGGAAUCCAACAAACGAUUCUUCUAUUUGGAACAAACUUUAAAGUGAAUGUAUUUUGUAAAGAGUCCAAGAAUCCCUGUUACCAGUAUAUAAUAAGUGCAAUGGGUUAAUGAAAAUACACCCAAUCUAUUUUCUCCAAUUAAAUACUUCAUAAAUAUAUUUUAUGCUUUUGGGGAUAGCUUUUAUAACUAUUCCAACUUCAGGGAAUUCCAGGAAAACCUUUAAUAAUUGCACUAGACGUAGUUGUUGUAAGGCUUAUAUUCACAUGAGUCAUGAGUGUCGUUUUUUUUUACAAAGGGGUGUUAUUUGUAAUUGACUUGCAUGCUAUUCAAAAUGACAUUUGCUAAAUUGAGACCGCUAUGCAAUAAAGAACCGAUUUGAAAA